AUGAGUUCCGACCACGCCGAUAAUCCAAUCGACGAUUCGCAGGAUAACUCAACUGUAACCGAAGGCUCAAGCACUUCAAGUUCGGCCGAUUCCUUUGGAACGGUUCAUCAAGAUUUAUCAAAUCCUUUGUCAUCUGACGUACCUCCAGGAACUUCUACCUCGAAGAUACCUGUAUCUAACAAGAUGUCUGAAAACACCAAUUCCAGAGUGUUCGGUGAUCAGAUUCAAAAAUACUCUCAAAUUAUGAAUAACGUGUUAAGCAAGUACAAAGUAUCAGAAAAUCUUACUGAUGACAACUAUAUCGAAUGGAGUCAGUCUUUGAUGGAAGUUUUUCGGUCGCUCGAAUUCCAUCAUUACGUUAAGAUCAAAGACUACCGGAAUUCGACUCUGACAAAUGAAGAACACGAAAAGACUUGUUUUAAUCUUACUACCUUCAUCUUGCAUCGUUUGGAUUCCGUCAAUAACGUCAGAACAAGAAAUCACCUUACAGAUCCAGCUGAUGCUUGUGAGAUCGUUUAUGAUCCGUAUAUGUGCUGGAACUUUCUUAAAACCUACCACAACCGUGUUUCCGAAGAUAAACUCGAGGCUGUCACAAAAGCCCUUUAUUCUUGCCAAAUUACCAAGACCGAUUCUCUGACUUCUUUCGUUGAUAAGUUUGAAAAUCUGAUUCGUGAAUUUUAUCGCCUAAAGGGCGAACUUUCAGACAUUCAGUCAGCUAGGAUGCUGUUGGGUGCUAUUCCUUCACUUUCAAUCGAAACAAAGGAAUAUAUUCAUAACACCGUAAUUCCUUUGACUCGCGAAGGUGUCGGAACUUAUCUUCGAAAGUACGAAGAGCGCCAUGGAUGGACGUGUGCGGCUAUUCGAGAAGUCAAUUCCGUCUCUAUACGAGGAAAAACUGGGGGUGGAAAUUCUAAUUCCGCUUCUUCUCAUCAUUCACAAGCUCCUCAAGUCAAAGGAGUUAAGAAAGUAUUCGACUCGAGCGUGAAUACUGCCUCUGCGAGUCCGGCUUUUCUUUCUCUCAAUGUCGAAUUCGAUGAUGAACCUGGAGGAAAACAAGUCACCGCCUCGCCUUCAGAAUUCGAAGAAGACCCGGAUAUAAGCGCAUCUGUUUCAGCAUCACUUUCUUCCAAGGAGGUUAAAGCACAAGAAAAUCAAGGGCAAGAUGAAGAUGAAGAUUUGUUUGAGAACGAAGUUGACAAUGGCAAUAAUAAUCAAUUACCAAACAAAGAUCAGCAAGUAGAUGACGAUGAAGACAAAGAAUUACAGAAAGAGUUUGAUGACAAAGACAAACAGAAUCAGCAAGAAGAUGACAACAACGACACCCAUCGAGAAGGACAUGAUGAUGACGAGACCAGUUCUACCAACCCACCAGACCCCCAUUCAACUUCACCUUCCCAACAUCAAGGGGGUUCUACGAACCGGGUCCAGGAACUGUUCCGCACAGCAGACCCUUCUGUUCCUUCUGUUAGGCGACUGAUGGCUCCAAACAAUAGGGAAAAAUUUGAAAAAGUUGCCGACAUAUUUGGUCUUGACUCUUGCUACCGAGCAGAGGCCCUUCGACUCGGUUCAAUCACUGGUGACGAUAAUCGCUAUUGGACACUUCUGUGCCUCCAGCAGCUUCAACGUCAAGAAUUGCCAAAAAAGGCAGCAAAUAGCUUGCUGGAAGGUCAGACAGAAGUGCCAGCCCUUGGUGCUCUCCUUGGACACCUGACUGUGGUCGGGCGGUUGUAUCAUUUUUUUGAUCCAAACGAAUCUCGUACCAUGACCGAGCUCCUAAAAGCAGUCGACACAAAAACUCAAGCUCGGUUUGCUUACCUUAGAAUGGCACUUGCUGUAUUUCAUAAUACCAGCGCGGAAGAGCGUAAGGCACAAGGUGGAUUGACUAAUUGGCAAAUGAUUGAUCACAAUUUGUCUGAAUUUCGCGACAAAAGUCGUGACUAUCGCCGAGCAUUCAAUGCAAUUGUCCUUGCUCGAGAUCAAGGUCUAUUCAAUGGAAAGAACACGUGGGAUGAGAUUAAAUCCAAUGCACAAUUUGAGGUCCCUAGCGUAACCAAUGUUGUCACCGCCAUCCCUUUCCUCCCCACAAAUGCCAGUUGA